AUGCGCAGCGUCAACGUCCACACGGCGAACCUCAAGGCGACCGCACGGCCCUCUGCAAUCAUCUUCCUCUGGCGCCACCUCCCCCUCGCGGUCAACCCAUACGCGGCGGUGCUCGAGGCGCGCCUGGCGCGCGAGGCUGGCGGAAAGGGCGGCGCGCUGCCCGUGACGGUCCUGUCCGGCUUCCUCGGAGCCGGCAAGACGACGCUGCUCAACCACAUGCUCAACAACCGCGAGGGCCACCGCAUCGCGGUGGUGGUCAACGACAUGGCCUCGGUCAACGUCGACGCCGAGCUUGUGCGGCAGGGAGGCGUUCUCAAGAAGGAGGAGAAGAUGAUCGAGCUCUCGAACGGCUGCAUCUGCUGCACGCUGCGCGAGGACCUGCUCGCGUCGCUCUCCUCGCUCGCGGCCGAGAACCGGUUCGACCACAUCCUCGUCGAGUCGUCGGGCGUGUCCGAGCCGCUCCCCGUCGCCGAGACCUUCACCUUUCACGACAAGACCACCGACGUGAGCCUCAACGACGUCGCGAGCCUGCACAACCUCGUCACGGUCGUCGACGCCGCGUCCGUCUUCGAGCAGCUCGACACGAUGGACACGCUGGUCGACCGCGGAUGGCAGGCCACCGAGGGCGACCAGCGCACCGUCGCGCACCUGCUCUGUGACCAGCUCGAGUUCGCCGAUCUCCUCCUCAUCAACAAGUGCGACCUCGUGAGCGAGGCGCAGCUCGGCGCGAUCGAGACCUUCCUGCGCAAGGUCAACCCGACGGCCGAGCUGGUGCGCACGGAGCACAGCAAGCUCCCGCCGGCGACGCUGCUCGGCACGGCGCGCUUCAGCAUGAAGAAGGCCGAGGAGCACCCGCAGUGGCUGGUCGAGGCAGCGAGACACGAGCACACGCCCGAGACGGUCGAGUACGGCAUCUCCUCCUUCGUCUUUCGCGCAAAGAGGCCUUUCCACCCGGAGCGCAUUCGCCGCCGUCCUGCACGUGUCCCACAGGAGCGCCUGUUCGCCGCCAUGGCCAGCCGCCCGCGCCAGGGCGCGCUCGCCGGGCUCCUGCGGCUCAAGGGCUUCGCCUGGCUCGCGACGCAGCCCAACCGGCAAGCGCACGCGGCGCUCGCGGGCACGCAGUUCACGCUGUCGCCGGGGCCGCCCUGGUGGGUGUCUAUCCCUCGCGCGCAGUGGCCCGAGGGCCUGGCCGAGGACCCGUGGGACGCAGAGCACGGCGACCGGCGGACAGAGCUCGUGUGCAUCGGCCGCGAGCUCGACGGCGAGGCUGCGAGCGCGCAGCUGGAGGCGUGUCUGCUGACGGCCGACGAGAUGGUGCUCCUCAAGGAGGAGGGGUGGGGCUGGCUGCCCGACCCGUUCGCGCCCUCGUGGCUCAAGGCGCUGGGGCACGGCGGCGCCGAGCACGCACAUGACCACGCGCACGGCGGCCCGACCGACGCGCUGCUGGGCGGCAUGGGUGGCGAGAUGACGGAGGCGAACCUGCGGGGCGUCAUGGAGGUGGCGAGCAAGCAGGCGGCCGCUCCGCUGCCCCCUCUCCCCCCUGCUCUCACCGCCCCCGUCGCACGCGCUGCCGAGCCUUUGACCCCUUGCUGA